GGAGGAGAAACUCAGGAAAGAGUUGGAUGGAGCAAAUAUCUUGGAGAAGAGGGGAGUUAAGGACCGAAUAAAAGAGGAGGAGGAGAGACGAGCCAGGCUGGCUGCAUGGGGAAUCAGCUGCCAAGGAUUGGAGCACUGGAUGAGGGAACCUGUGGAAGAGGAAGCAUUAAGGAUGGCAGCAUGGAGAAUGAAGAUGGCGUGGUGCUGCGACUAACUGGAGGACAGGCUGAGUGUGAGUAUGAGGAGCAGCACCGCCCAAGGCCGCAGCAACAAAUGAUAACAAUAGAACCUGAAAAGACAGAGCCACCUGCUGCUCAGCUCCAGACCCGGGUGGAUCAUAAAGAGGAGGAGGACGAGGAAGGAGAAGAAGAACGGUCCAGUGCAGCAGGAGCAACAGCUAGGUCUCCUCCGGAAUUAUUAGCCGGAGAGGCAGAGAGAUUGGUGGAGAUACUUCGCAAGCGACUUGAAGAAGAAGAACUGAUUGAAAAAUUUAAGAAGCAAAAAGGAGUAGCUGAAGGGAAAUCAGUCCCGCUCUCGGAUGUGAGAAAAAAGGUGCAUCUUAAGGUGCACAUACCUAAGGUAAGAGGUGUUGACUCUUGGGAUGGAUGGAUACAGGGCACUCUGGAAGAGGAUAUAGAUGAAUGUAGUGUGCUUCAGAGUGCAGGAGGGGAUGAAGAUGACUCAAGAAGACGGCACGCGUUUGGAUUUCGAAAAGAGCGAGAGGAGAUGGAGGAGCAGUGGCUUCAAAGUGGAGGAAUGCGUGGAGAACAGCCAAUGUUGAGAAGAAGUCAAAUGACAGCGGCAGAAAACCCCCAGAAGGGGGUCAUGGGACAUUCCAAUUAUGCAUUAGAAAUGCCCCUAAUGGUCACAGCAGGGGGUGAGAGAUGAUAUAAACCAUGUGGAGUGGGGGAUGUUACAGCCCUAGUGCAGAUGCUCCCACCCAUCAUUGAUGGAGGGGCGGGUUGGCUGAGACAACUUGAUAAAGUGACAUCAGGCACACAGCUCGCCCUGGGGGAUUUUCGAGCCAUAGCUGGCCGGUGUAUGACAGUUACUGCGCUGGAGGAAAUCCAGGUACUGGCAGCUGUCAUCACUAGACCGGACUCCACACCCUUUUUCAGAGUGCAGGAGCAGAUUGGGAAUGCUGUGCGUCAACAAUAUCCAACCCCAAAUGCGGCUGCCAUUACAAAGUUGGAAUGGAAGCCUGAUCAAAACCCUAGAGAUUAUGUAGAGCAGGUGAAAGAGAAGUGGAUCCAGAACACAGGUUACAAUCCUUCUGCACGUGG